AUGAACAGAAAUAGUUAUCGUCUUAAAUACUCAAAUGAUUCAGACGAAUUUGAUGAUAAAUCAACAUCAACAUGGUGUUAUCGAAAUUGGUUUCGUCUAUUAUUCGUCAUCAUACUUACUGUUUUAACACUAGGAACUAUUUCAUCCCUUAUUAUUAUACUAUACAAAGAUGCACUUAAAGAAAAAGCAUUAGCGGAAAAGAAAAAAACUUGGGCUAAAAAAUGGAAAAUAAUUGAACCAUAUGUAAAACAUUUUCCACUUGGAUUUAUACUCGGUUUUGUACGAAAUCUCAUUCUAUUAGCAAUUGAAAAACAUAUUGAUCUUUAA